GUUAAAUUUUACGAAAGAUUUACGUCUCCUGACUUAUUCAAGAUACAAUAUUGCUAAUAUUAAACUGUAUCUAUUAAUAUGCAGUCACAAUUUUCAGUGUCGUGGGAAUCUUACAAUGCCAACGUCUGUAAGGGAUUCAGUGCUUUGCAACAGAAUGGAGAAUUCGUUGACAUGACACUUGCUGCUGAUGGGUGUUAUGUUAAAGUGCACCAAGUUUUAGUUGCCUUGGCUAGCCCUUUUCUAAAGGAACUCAUUGCAUCUGCACCAUGCCCUCACCCAGUUGUGUUUCUCUAUAACAUUUCCCAAAAAACCUUAUCUUACUUGUUGGAAUAUAUAUAUACUGGAGAGGUACUUGUUCCAGCCGAUAAAAUAUCAUCUUUUGUGGCAGCAGCAAAGUCACUACAUAUUAAAGGACUUGAAAAUUUUAUAAGCAAUGAGAACUUGUUGGAUAAUGUAGCAGCACAGCCUCAACAGGUGGAAGAGAGUGGACUAGGUCAUAUGACUGGUAUCAAAAGGGUGGCUGUUGGAGUGAAUCAGAGAGUGGAACAAAUAGGCUUACCAGCUGGUGCAAAAAGAAUUUGUAUCAAACAAGAAUCUACUGCUACACCUGUUAAAAUUCCGGAUACCGUUAUUAACAAAGCCGAUUACGAUGACUGUGACGACCACAUGGACGAAGGCAUAACACACGAUGACACUGAUGAUAAUGACCACAACGAUAGUUCGUUAUCGACCUCGAAUGCUACGUAUACACCGUCUUCCAACCUCCAGUUCACUGUGUCCAUCCGCGGCUCGCUGCAGAUAAUACUGAACCGGUACAUAUACAACAUGCACUCUAUAACGCACCGGCGCGGCGUGAGGCGAUGGCGAUGUGUCGACUACAGAAACCAUAAAUGUAUGGCUUUUGUCGUCACCAAGGGCAAUGUCGUUUUAAACCGGGCUAAUCUGCACAAUCACCCUUACCACGACAAGAAAAUCAUAGCAAAAAUCGAGAAGAAAUGCGUUUACUCUGCUUUGGAUGACGUGAAAGGUUAUAAGGAGAAAGAUGACAGCAAGAUAGAGGAAUGCGACGACUUCAUGCCAAUGGACGACUUUACAGAAAUAGAUGAUAAAUCUAGUGAUUUUUUGAAAGAAAGUUAAAAUUUGGUAUCUUUAAAUAAUGAUCGGUAUUAAGAUGUUGAUAAAGUAAUGCAGUU